AUGCGCAAACCAGUUGGUUAUAUGAGUCAAGUCAAAACUUGUGGGAAUAAUGACCAAUUCUAUGAUGAUUUCAGACCAUUUGUAAAUCUUGACCGUUUUGUUUCAGUGAUCAUUGCUGCAGAAUCAUCUAGAUCGACUAAUGGAAAAUCCAAAGACAAAGCAGUGGAGGUAAGAAGAAAAUCGCCUUUCAAGUUCUUUUCCUUCUUUGCUGAGCUUCCGGAUUAUUUGCAGCAUCUUCAGGAUGUGUGGAAUGCUAGCAUGCCUUCUUGCUCUUCCCUGCUGAAGCUGAAGGCGGAAAAAGGGUUCUGUAAGGGCCUGAAUAGGCGUAGGUUCUCUGAUAUUCAAAGGCAUACCGCUAAAGCUUUUGCGGAUCUUGAGCAUAUUCAGGCUGAAUUGUUCUUUUACCUCUCAGGAUCUCUUUUUACAAGAAAGGAAGCUCAUGAGUCUUGGUCGAUUUUUGCGAAAGCUGAGGAAACCCUUUUUAGCAAAAAUUCCGCCUUCGGUGGCUUAAGGAGGGUGAUGCUAAUACCAGUUUCUUCCAUAGAGUGGUUAAAGUUAGGCAAGCUUGCAAUGCUAUUAAUUACAUCCGUUCCGAGGCUGGGGAUCGGAUAUCCAAUCUGGAGAUGGUUAAAGACUUGGUGGUUAACUACUACCGAAUUGGCUUCUCUUUUUGCGGUUAUCCCGACCGCUGAGGAUAUACGUUCUGUAGUUUUUGCUUUACCUCGUGGGAAAGCCCCUGGACCGGAUGGAUUCUCGGUAGAAUUUUUCACUUCUGGUUGGUCUAUGGUUGGGAGUGACCUCAUUUUGGCUGUUCAAGAGUUCUUCCGCUCCUCUUGUUCUCUGAAGAAAUUUAAUGGUACGACUCUCACUCUCAUUCUGAAGUUCCCUGGGGCCGAUAAACUCUCUGAUUUCAGACCCAUUGCUUGCUGCAAUAUUUUCUUUAAAGUCAUCUCCAGAAUCUUAGGUCUUCGCCUAAAGAUGUUCUCUUCCAAAGUGGUCCAGAGGAAUCAGGUGGGUUUUAUGGAUGGUUGGCUGUUGUGUGAGAAUGUGCUGCUUGUGUCAGAGCGUGUCAGUGAUUUUCAUAAAGAUGGUCCGACCACUCAGGGGUGUCUUCAAAUUCAUUUGUCUAAGGCUUAUGACAAUCUCCAUUGGAAGUUCAUCAUCAAUAUUCUUAAGGCGUUUGAGCUCCCGGAUAUCUUCCUGGAUUUAUGA